UCUUUCGUGCCUUUUGGGCACGGGGAAUGUGGUAAGGCUUUCAGUGGCGUUGCAACUGUGACGAGAAACAGUAUUCUCUCAUUUUCAUCACAACAACCUGUUUUGCAUUGACUUAUGGUUCAUUCACAUCGUUCAGACAUCUUCUGGUGAAUUAUCGUCCUUGUGCGACAAACGCAUUACCGAAGCCCAGUGAAGUGUUGUUAAAUUUAUCAUUUCAAAGGAAUAGUGUCGUUUUUAAUCAGUUCGGCAAGUAUUGGAAUCAUUCAUAAAGUGAAACGGCGAAGUUGUGCUGAAAGACUAUUCGUUUAUCGUGGACAUAAUCCGCUUGGCAUUCGACACGCUAUUGUCCACGAACAGUGUCAACCAUGUUGCUAGCAAACGAAAUGCAUAUGCCAUCGGGUCAGGCUGCUGCUACACCGCAUCACCAAUCCGUUAGUAGCGAACUGGCCUCACCAACCGAAUCGUCAUCCUCGUCACCGUCUCAAGGGGGAAGACCCGACAGUGCUCCCUCGACCACCGAUUUAAUAUGGACUGAUCGGGCAUUAACCGAGAUCAUCGGCGAUCCCUCUGCUCCGUCGGCCUUGCUGGGUGGCGAGCUGGUGCGCACCGGGUCUCCUUGCGUCAUCUGCACGGCUCUGCCCACGCAUUGGCGUUCGAACAAGACGCUACCGACGGCAUUUCGCGUCGUCUGUCUUGGAGGCGUCGAAGAUGGAACUCUUGUGACCGUGAGGGCUGGUAACGAUGAAAACUGCAGCUCUGAACUUCGCAAUGCCACCGCCAUUGUCAAAAAUCACGUGGCUAAAUUCAACGAUCUCCGCUUCAUUGGCCGAUCAGGAAGAGGAAAGAGCUUCACAUUGACUAUCACAGUUAGUACGUCUCCUCCACAGGUGGCCACCUACUCCAAAGCCAUCAAAGUGACCGUUGAUGGUCCUCGAGAGCCGCGAAGCAAAACACGGCAGCAACAGUCGUUUCGGCCAUUCGGUCUCUCAUCGGCCCAGCGGCCAUACUUGCCUGAAAGUUUACGUGAACUCGAUUCCCACCGCCGCAAGACCGACGCCCUUGCCAGUCUGCAUCCUUCAUUAGGCUUCACGACCAUCAACAACCACUUGGACGCUGGCCAGCCAAAUCAUUUGGCAACCAACCAAGACGCAAUAUGGCCGCCGUACGGUGGAAGCGGAGGUAGUAGUGCUGGGGCGCUGAGUAGCGGAAGCAGUAGCAGCAGUACAAUAAGCAGUUCCUAUCCGUCUUACCUUGGAUGCAACGUCACAUCCAGUCCUAGCACUACGUACAACCCACCCGUCUUGACCUACACCGACCUCGGCGUAGGAGGAAAUGGAAGCACGCCUUCAGGCAACAAUGCAGUCAACGUCUCAAUAGCCCACGGACAAAUAGCUCCGACUACAGCUGGUAUGGGCGAUUGCAAUGUUGGAUUAGUGUCAGAUUUUGGUUCCGAUUACUCAAUGAUGAGCACAAACCGAUACCAUUCCAACAUAGUGGCUGCGGGAUCAGUGUCGUCAUCUGAAGGCAACGGUGGAAACGUCGUCGAAAUAAAUCCUUCAACCAACGACCAACACACUCACUAUGCCCAUGUACAGAGUAACGGCAGCACAGUUUCUGGAACCGGUAGCGGGAAUAACAGCACAGUCAACUCGAGUCAAUUGUUCCAUUCACAUCACAAUAUGGGGCAUUUCGCACCAUCCGCCGCUGCGUUUAUCUCCGGCACUGGAACUGGUAGUUCUCCGACGACUUAUGCCCUGCUUGGCCAUUCUUCUACGUACUACGGUACUGCGCCGUCAUCUUCGGUUGCGCCAACACAUGGACAAGUGUCAUCCGUGGUCGGACCAGCAUCAACUCAUGGUUCGGUCUAUCAAUCCAUCGUAUAUCCGCAUACCCAUCAAUAUCAUCAUGGAACAAUUCACCACACCGAUACUAGAACGUCCCUUUAUGCUCAAAGUCCUCACCAUGGAAGCCCAUCGCUAUACCGUGUUGACAAUCGUCAUCACCAACAGCACGACGGAUACCUAGAAUCGCUGAAUUCAGCCAUUGGGGGUAACGAAUCAAGUGGAGAGAUUGGUGAGGCGCUUCAUGGAUUAACUGGAUCCCCACCGGACAAUCCGAACGGUCCCGUCAACAGUGCGUCAAACGGGUCCGAUUCUCCUGAACAUGAAACGGGUGAGAACUUGGGGCGAACUCAACCCUCUACGGAUCCAGCUGUUUGGCGGCCUUAUUAACGAAGCACGUUAUACAAAUAAAAAGAAACAGCUUUCAGCAAUUUUACCUAUAAUUAUAGAUAACACGUGCAAUAUGUUUACAGAUUCUUAAGCAGGAACUUCCAUUUUGAAUUUCUAUUAUACUUUAGAGAAUAUUGAAUGUUUUAAUGUUCACAAAACCAAGUUUUUCCAUACCAAAGAAAUGCCAGCACUAGUUGGGUUGUCGGAAAAAUAACUAGUUACCCAAUUCCAUGUACUGUUGACUUACGAAUGGACCAUAAACGAAUGAGUUCCGUUCAUAAUGCGCGGUACUCAGCACAUCUCUGAUUA